CACGACCGACAUACGUGACACGACUCACGACGCGUACGACCGCCGCGACGUCAAACCGCAUUCCGACCACAACAAAGCGAUGAAAACAAUGCUUUUCCACGAGGAACUCGACAUCAAACUAAUCCGUGCAGUGAAAGAAAACCCAGUGCUAUACGACCACAACCAUGCCAAGUACAUGGAUUUCAAUUUGAGGGAAGUUGCUUGGCAGAAGAUUGGCGACGAGCUUAAGAGAUCCGCUGCGGAUUGUAAAAUAAGAUGGAUAAACAUCAGAGAUGUGUAUAGACGAAUUCUAAGAAAAAGUUUGGAGUCAGGACAACGUCCGAAAGCUUACAAAUACGAAAAUGAAAUCUCAUUUUUGAGGCCUCACUACAAAGAUGUGUCUAUCCAGCUCGAAGAGUUUGAAUCUGAUGAUAGGAGCAACCAGGGGAAUGAUGAUUGUGGUGAUGAAGAAGCAGUUGACAGUGAUAAUUUUGAUGAGCCAGAACGGAAACCGAAGAUUAAUAGGUCUAAAUCCAGUGCAAAGAAGAAAAGAAGAAAGAGAUUAGCUGAAGCCGUUGUUGAUCCAAUGAGUACCCCGACAUUUAGUGAACCAACAAUCCCUACAGAAUUUGACUCGUCCGAUCCAGUGGACGCAUUUUUACUUAGCAUUGGCGCAACAUUGAAAACGUUUUCACCAUAUCAUCUAAACGUUGCGAAGAGUAAGAUAUUCUCGGUCGUCCAAGAACACGAUUUACAGCAAAUAGUUCAAAAAGAACAGCAGAAUGAGGGAUCGUCACAUGAUGUUAAAAUUGCUGCGCCUGAAGCAAUUUAUAUGCAAUAAAUGAAACUGUCAAGCUUGAUGUAAAUAUUAAGUUACUGCAUGCGGUCGUCGCCGCAUCAGGUUAUCAUAUAGAAUAGUGACGUUGAACGUAUUCUAAUGCAGUAGGUACUAAGUAGCAACCAGCAUCUUUUAAACGGUUUUUUUAAUUAUAACCCCAUUUGAACGUGAUGCAGUAACCGCAUGCGAUUAAUGUUUGCACUCAGCCAUGGGGGGUUUAUUUGU